AUGGUUAAUUUCUUCUCGAAACUAUUUGGUUUAAAUUCUGUUAGUGAAUCACUUGUAUCGGCUCUUACAGAUGCCGUUUCUAAAGCUAAAGAAGCUGUACAAGAACUUCUAAAUGUGAUGGAAUAUGAUCUUGAAUUUGGCAUCAAAAAAUAUACUGUCAUCUUAGCAAAUAACGGUCUUUUAAUGCUCUUGGUCAUUUUAAUCACAAUUAUAACAAUCUUCUUAACCAUUUUUCUUAUGCUUAAAAUCUACGAACGUUUACAUAUUAGUUUAUUUUGGCAAAGACUUGUAUCAUUUAUUAUUAUACUUAUUACUUAUUUAUGGCUGACUUAUAGUACAAUUGAAAUUGCUUAUAAUAUUCCAAAACCAAUUCCAAUUAUUCUUGCUAGUGGAAUAUCAUUUCUUGGACCGAUUAUUAUUCUCAUCAUUUAUUCUUCCAGAUCUAGGCGUUUCUGUACACAAAUAUUUAAGAAGAUAAAACCGGAAUCGUUAAAAGACGAAGAAGAAUCAUUGACUGAUAAGCAUACAUGUUUAGUUUAA